GUUUCAGUUCUGAUGUAUUGACAACCGUUAGCCUGACCAGGACUGGUAUGGUCCUUCGUUUUGUACGCAAACCGCGUGGCGGCUGCUUGAAGCUGCUCUAUCUGGCUGGAUUCGCAUGCUUAUUCCUCUUCCUUUCUAGUCAACUGAAGAAUUCACAGUCGUUUGCGAAGGCGAUUGUUGCUCCCUUUGAGAAAGAACGAGGAGUUCAUCCGUUGCCGGACGAAUCGAAAGAGUAUGCUAAUCAUGAACACCCUGGAGGUGCGCAAAAGGAGCAAGCUCCACUUCCGAUAAUAAAAAAUGAAGAUGGUGAUGGCGUGGACCCUGAUAGAGUUGAUGGACCUGAUGCUGUGGCCUACAAAGCUGAUCAAGAACAAGAACAACUGCCAGUAGUAAACGCAAUUGCUCCAAAUGAUGUUUUCGGCAAGCAAUUGCAAAACAUCGUCAGAGGAGAUCCGGAUGAUGCCUCCUACCCACAUUUGAAUACUAAUGGCAAAUUCAUCCCAAAUCGGCGCAUCAUUCAUUUGGAUUUGAAGGGAGGCGCUUACAAGCCGGAAUUCUUAUCUGAGCUGUUCUACUUUUUCAAUCGAAUAAGAGCAACUGGAGUGUUGAUUGAGUGGGAGGACAUGUUUCCAUACACGGGAAAUCUGUCGGAUGCUGUCAACGGAAAUGCAUACUCGAUGGAAAGCGUUGAGUACAUCUUGAAAGAAGCUAAGCGCCAUCAUCUAGAAGUUAUACCUUUGGUGCAAACAUUUGGACAUCUUGAAUGGGUUUUGAAACUUGAGAAGUUUGCUCAUCUUAGGGAGGAUAGCAGAUUUCCUCAGGUCAUUUGUUUUCCUGAGCCAGAGGCAUGGGAGCUGAUAACGGAUAUGAUCGAUCAAGUCGCCACAGUGCACAAGAAGAUUGGAAUGCCGUUCUUCCACAUGGGAGGGGACGAAGCUUAUCAGGUCGGCGUGUGCAAUGCUAGCAUAGCGGAAAUGGGUCGACAAGGAUCUAGGGAUCGGCUGAUGCUUUGGCACAUCUCUCGAACAGCAAAGUAUAUCAAGGAUAAGUACAGUACCAGUGUAAUGGCGUGGCACGAUAUGUUUGGUCAUGCGAUGGAGUUUGAUUUGGCUGCUUAUCACAUGCCAGAAGUCUUGGAGCCAGUGUUGUGGAGCUACGCUGAAGACCUGGAUCUUUAUCUACCGAAAAGUACAUGGCUCACAUUGAAACCCUUUCGUAAAGUAUGGGGUAGCUCUGUCUGGAAAGGAGCUGAUGGUCCAGCUCGUUUCAAUUCCAAUCCUAUCCAUUACAUACGCAAUAACGAAGCUUGGAUAGAACAGAUGACCAGAAAUUACAAUGAAUUUGAUGUCAUGCAGGGAUUGAUUUUUGCCGGAUGGUCGCGUUAUGACCACUUUGCCAUCUUAUGCGAAUUGGCCCCAGUUGCGUUGCCAACUCUUGCCAUGACUAUGGAAACCGUUUUGGAGGGAAGACCUUUGCAAGGGAAUUACCCUCUCUCUCGAGACGCCCUUCAGUGCACUCCUUCAACAGCCAUGGGAGCGACUUACGGAUGCACUUUUCCUGGUCAUAGGGUGUACGAGCUGAUAAACGAGUUAUGGCAGCGGAAACGGCAGUUGCAGCAAUACAGAGACGAUGAUUUCGAGCUCAACGGGUGGCUAUCUAGAAUAGCUGAAACAUAUGCCAGCGGCAGUCAGUGGUAUAUAGAUAAAAUUGAACCACUUCUCGACUAUCAUGCAAAGCCCAUCUUUCGUCUGGAAAAAGAGCUGCGAAACGAACUUUCGCGUAUCUAUUAUCAGGAAACCAUAGACGAAUUCAUCUAUACCUAUAUGGCGGAAGAUAUUGAAUGGCUCGAGCGCAAAAUCCAGGCUGCAGCGAGAAUAUCCAAACUUGGGCACUUUCCGAAGCGGCCGUUCGUUCGGUUAAAGGCACACGAGGAGCUGUGAAUUUCAUCUCCUAUCGGUUCUCUAUCGUAAGCUGAAAGAAUCUUUUUUUAACAUCAAGACCAAAGAUUCGCUUACAACAUUUGAUCAGGUGUUCCAGUUUCAGUAUUUGCGACUAUUUAUUGUUAAGCCUUUCAGCAACGGAUAUCUCGAUGUGCUUCAUUUUAAGUUUCGAUUUCAAUAUGUUAUGUCUUAAUGUUCUGAGAUCUGUAUCCCUAGUAUGACUGCUGAUUCCAAAGUUCUUGGUAGCUAUGUUAUUUGAUACUCUUACGCGUUUCUAUAGAUGACCGGUGCUGUGUUAGUGCUGUGCAUAGCUUUCCUUCAUUACGUCUAAGUGAGCUUUCUCAGUUUGUGCUGCUGUGAUAAGAGUCUCACUACUUGUAUGCCAAAUACUGUUCUGCAUUCUAACGAAUGCGUUUAGGGUGCAUAUGGAAAAAUAAUCUCAUUUCUCAUUUUUCCUGGAUCGAAGCAUUUUCUUGUUAGGUUAUGCUGCAGUUUUCGAUUGUUUUCGCUGUGCCUAUGCUGUGUAUAAGCCUUUGCUUAGCUUGAACUACUGACUUUGAUCAACGAUUUGAUGAGUGUAUGCUGCUUAAAAACUUAAUUUUCGGGUGAAGACGAUUGAUGAAAAAUGGAACCAAGUCUUCUCAAAUUUUCUUUCACUUCGUUGAGAAGUCAUCUAAUUGUGGACUUGGAAGGUUUAGAUAUUAACUGACGAUUAUGUGUUUGUGUGUGAUACGCCAAAGCAAUAUUCGAUAAACAUUGCGUGGUUCG